GAAGCGGCCUAGUAACUAGGCCGCUCACGCCAUCCAUCGAGACCACUAUGAUCAUCGCAUAACGCAGUAUGGUCUUCGUCCGCCCGGCAACGAAGAUGCGCCCCAAUUCAGUCCUGAUGAGCAAAACAAUGGAUUCGCCCCGUCGUCGGCUGGUCGGAUUUUGGGCGGGGAUGGUGAUGCGUGUUCGUACGGUGAUCCGACAUGGUGGACGGAAUUCGUGGCCGAGGAUGUCGAAGGUCCUGGAGGAAUGAUUUCUGAUACGGCUCCGGCCAUUCGGGAAGAACCCAACCUUCAUCCUACCGACGUCCCCGACACCAUUCCAUUAACCGACUUGGGUCACGAACCGCACUUACUGUCCCCUCCCAAAAUUAGUCAGCUUGACAACGUUGGCUCUGGCCACGCCUCUCUUUCUCCGUCCUUUCAUUCGAGCGAUAAUCUUGAAAACUUUAGCCCCCAUUCUCAACUCUGGUCAAACUCCGAACAUUCGUCUCCGUACCGGUCGAGCUCAUCGGCUACUUCUCUGAACUCAGCAGGCCAACACCCAGUGGAGAAGGCGGAGGCGUGUCGCAAUAGCAAGGUGGAGAUCCCGCGGGCAGAUGGACCGGCCCACCGGCGCUGCAGACAUGCGGCAAAAGUUGAAGCUCGACAGGCAAACGUAUGCAUGCUAUGCGGGCUCAGCUUUACCUGUGCCAAGGACCUCAAGCGACAUGAGUCCUCAGCCAAACACCGUAAGCGCCUUCAAUCCCCCUCCUGCCCGGAUUCUUCCCAGCCACAGCAGUACGCAUGCGUGUGCGGGAAGAAAUAUCCACGGGAAGAUUCUCUACUGCGACACUUUCGAACAUCGAAUACCAGCCCGCAAGAUUCCACCCAUCGCCCGAUACCUCACUCCUAGGACAAAAGAGAUCAAGCACCGAAGCUGUUUCUUGUUUUGACGUUCUCACACUCUCAUAGUCAGGACACUUCUACGUUGCCGAAGGACAGACCUACGUUUGGAUGAUCAUGGUGCGAAAUCCUCCACUCGGGUCACCCGUGUGGGGGUACGAGAAGAUACUCUGGGGUGUAGGAGUACCGUUCCAGAGUCCCUGCGGGGCACCAGCGACACCUCAUUGUUAUUUUUAACGCGAGGUGGCCUCGUCUUUGAGGCUGGCAUACGCCGGAAGCGUGUGGCAUCGCUGGGGACACGGAGUC